ACAGGGCCAAGGGCCAAUAGCAAUAUGCUGCUCAACGAACACACGGGUAUGCACCGCAACAGCAACAUCCCAACCGUACAUUUCCAUCCACAAAAAAAAAUCCCUAACUUGGUAGACAAAAAUCCAUAACAGCCAUCUCAACCAUUCCCAUCCUUUUAGUCCCCUAUUCACGUUGGCAUGUUCCCCGCUACCACGAAUGGAUGAAAGAUGAGGAAAUUCAGCAAGCAACCGCCUCUGAGCCCCUCACACUAGAGGAGGAAUACGGCAUGCAACUUAGUUGGCGACAAGACCCCGACAAACUAACAUUCAUCAUCUGUCAACCCGUCUCUUCAGUCCCGGUUCCGGGACCAGGUAUCCACAGAACAAUCAAGGCGAGAGAAGAUGACUCCGAGUCCAAAAUGCUCGGUGACAUAAACCUCUUCCUGCGCGUCGACGAAGGCGAUGUCGACGAAGACAUCGCCUCCUCCACAGAACGCCUCAUCAUCGGCGAAAUUGAACUAAUGAUAGCAGAACGCCGCAACCACCGUCAAGGCUACGGGAAGGCAGCACUCCUCUGCUUUAUGCGGUACAUCAUCGAACACGAGGCUGAGAUCCUGGGUGAAUUUGUGCCGUCGACAUUUGCGUUUGGGACAGUGGGGGAGAAGUCCAAAGUUUUGCUUACGGGGGAUGGAAAGGGGGAUUGGAAGUUUUCGUGUCUGAGCGUGAAGAUUGGAGAGGGGAAUACGGGCAGUUUGGCGCUUUUUGAAAGUGUGGGGUUUAGGAGGGUUUCUGCGGAGGCAGAUUAUUUUGGGGAGGUGGAGCUGAGGAGGGAGAGAGGGGAUUUGGGAGGAGAGAGGGUUAGGGAGGGGACUGAAGGGGGGGUUGGGGGGUAUGUUGAGUUGGAUUAUGUUGUAGGGUGAGUGAGAUGAUAAUGUAGUUAUGAUUGUUUAUACGCAAAAGGAUGCAAAUAUAUUUAUAGAGUACGAUUAGCUCGUUGAACG